AGUCUUACAUGUCCUUAAGCGGGAGAUGGAGUCCAGCAUUGUUUCAUAAAGGGAAGAUCCUGCCUCACCAACCUAUUGGAAUUUUUUGAGUCACAAGGCCAUCGAACUCACCAGACAAGCUUGAAGAUGGGGACGUCCUGGAACUGUGCUUUUGUAUUGGCCAUCUAUCUCGCCAGGACUGGAGCUUCCCCUGCCAUCGUGAAUGGAACCCUGGGACACUCGGUUUCCUUGCUUCCUUCGAUCCCAGUCAGACAGGACUUGGAUGAGGUUGUGUGGAGAAGGUUAUCACCCAUAAAAAAGAUAGCUCGAUACUCACAAGGAUCGAUUAAGUACUUUAAUACCAAUCACAACAAUCGAAUAACUCUUCAUUCUGGAAACUUCAGCCUGGAAAUCCAUGAUCUGAGGAAAGAGGAUGCUGAUGAAUAUGAGGUCAUUGUUACAGAAAGAGAUUCAGGAAAAGAACGCUUAGAGCAUAUCCAACUUAAGGUGUACGAGCUUGUGUCAGGAGCAAACAUCAUAGUUCAGACCACUGGGAUCUGCAACCUCACCUUGACCUGCACCGUGACCUCAGGUGACCCCACCAGCUUCAAGUGGUGGUGGGAAGGAGAAACUUUGGUAAAUGACAGCACGCGGCACAUCUGGGUACUCGGAAAUAUGCUAGAGGUUCAUCACACUGCAGAGGUCGAGGACGCUGUGUACAGGAACCCCAUCAGUAAUGGAAAGGCAGAGAUCCAGCUGAAGGACAUCUGCAAACUGGACACAUCUGCUGACAAAUCGUCAAACAGCAACAACAUUGCAGUCAUUGCAGCCAUUGCAGUCAUUGCAGGCACUCUAAUCAUCGUCUUUGUGGUUGCCAUUAAGAUGAAGGGCUCAGUUCGCUCGAUUUAUUUCACCCACGGGAGGAGGACAACAGAAGGGAGCAGGCCUGAAGACCCAAGUCCCUGCACUAUUUACUCAGAAGUUCAGGCAAUAAACAGAACAGCAACCAACCGGCAGCCUCCAGAGGGAAACGAGAUGGUUCACAGUCAAGAGGAGACGAUGAAGAUUCCUCCCACCGUGUAUGACACCGUCAAGACCCCUAGGUCCCCUCAAAUAACCCACCAUUGUGAACCAGGAGACAACCAUCCUCCACGGAUGUGAUCCGUGUUCGACAGCCACAGUCGCGAGUGCUGGGUGUUAAAUCAGGGUGGGGAUGGUGGGAGGGCAGAUAUUGCAAUGGGUUUCUCUUGUGGCCCAGGCAGUGCCCCCGUGAGGGUAGGUGUGGGUGGGGUAGGUAGAGCAUGUAUAUCGGGUAACUUGCCCACCCCAUCCUUCACCCUUCCUGUUCAUACAGCUCACCGAGUACCAUCUGUACCAAACCCAUUCACCCCAACACCUGCUCCGUAGCCUCUGUGCUUUGACUAUUCAAGUAUUCUCCAGAUACUUUCAAAUCUUGUGAGAGAACUGUGUUUCAGGUUGCAAACUUGCUUUCCUGAGAUCCCCUCGAAUGCCUCUACUCCUCAGAUUAAACCUAUGCCCUCUGGUACCGGAUGCCUCCAUUAUCUGCCAAUUACUAACUCAAGUUCAAGUUUAUUGUCAUCUGACUGUUUUUAUUUACAACCAAAUGAAUCAAACAUCCUCUGGAGUGUGGCACACCCACAAGUCGUAUACCACACACAACACAUAAAACAUCACAUUAUUACCACAAAUAAUAAAAUGUAAUUCAGAGCACAUGUAGUCUGCAGGACCAGUAAGCUGUUCACUAUCUGAGUGACGAGACCUCGGUGCUGACAGGGGAGGCAUUAGUCAUGAGCUCUUUCUGUCUUCAUUACAGCCAUCCAGCAUUUCUCAUUUUUAUAACUCAAUGAAACAGGUCACACAUUUCAGGUUGGAAUAGAGAGUAGUGUUUAUACCCUGAACUAUAUUUCCUCUAUGCCCCACAGUUUUUGCUCCCAGAGCUGGAAUAGACAGUGUGAACCUGUUUUCGUUUAGCUUAUCCUCGCCACAGUCUUUGUUAGCAUCUACAUAGGCUGCAAGAACUUGAUAGCUAUUCUGGAUCAAAUCCUCGUCAGCGGUUCCUUGCAACUGCCUUGUUCAUGAUCAUAUCACCCUGCUCAAGCUGCUAACCACUUUCAAGUAGUUUACGGUUAUGGCAGUGUCCUAGCAAUGUAUCAUUAGCGCAGAUCAGACUCAGCUCCAAGCAGAAGAAUCUGAAGCUACUCGUGAAAGUAAAGGGAAUAAAAUCACCGGUGGUAGUUGUCUGUCGGCCACUGAAUAAUAUUAUAGUGGCUUAGGCAAUAAACAGAGAAAUAUCUGAGGCAUGUAAGAUUGGAACAGCAGUUAACUUGGAGGACUUUAACUUGCAGAUAGAUUGGGUGAAUUAGGUUGG